AUGGCGGCUGAAAUGGCGUUAGUGAAACCCAUUUCCAAGUUCGCAUCCCCAAAGCUCACCAACCCAAGCAAAUACCUCUCCGGCCGACGUUUCUCCACCGUGAUCAGAAUGUCAGCCACCUCCUCGCCACCGCCUCCGACCACCGUGAAAUCCAAGAAGGGAACGAAGAAAGAGAUUCAGGAGUCCCUUCUGACUCCGAGGUUCUACACGACGGAUUUCGAGGAGAUGGAACAACUUUUCAACACGGAGAUCAACAAGAACCUUAACGAGGAAGAAUUCAUUGCUCUGCUUCAAGAGUUUAAGACCGAUUACAAUCAGACACAUUUCGUCAGGAACAAGGAGUUUAAAGAAGCUGCCGACAAAUUGCAGGGACCUCUCCGACAGAUCUUCGUUGAGUUCCUCGAGCGGUCUUGCACUGCCGAAUUCUCUGGUUUCCUUCUCUACAAGGAGCUUGGUCGAAGGCUCAAGAAAACAAACCCUGUUGUGGCUGAGAUCUUCUCUCUUAUGUCUAGAGAUGAAGCAAGACAUGCCGGGUUCUUGAACAAGGGUCUGUCUGAUUUCAACUUGGCUCUUGACUUGGGAUUCUUGACAAAGGCAAGGAAAUACACUUUCUUCAAACCCAAGUUCAUCUUCUACGCUACUUACCUAUCCGAGAAGAUCGGAUACUGGAGAUACAUCACAAUCUACAGACACCUCAAGCAGAACCCUGAGUUCCAAUGUUACCCAAUCUUCAAGUACUUUGAGAACUGGUGCCAAGACGAGAACCGCCACGGAGACUUCUUCUCUGCUUUGAUGAAAGCUCAGCCUCAGUUCCUCAAUGACUGGCAAGCCAAGCUCUGGUCUCGCUUCUUCUGCCUCUCGGUUUAUGUGACAAUGUACCUAAACGAUUGUCAAAGAACUAAUUUCUACGAAGGUAUCGGUUUAAACACAAAGGAGUUCGACAUGCACGUCAUCAUCGAGACAAACCGAACCACGGCAAGAAUAUUCCCGGCGGUGCUGGAUGUUGAGAACCCUGAGUUCAAGAGGAAACUGGAUAGAAUGGUUGUGAUCUACGAGAAGCUCCUGGCUGUUGGACAAACCGAUGAUCCUUCCUUCAUCAAGAACCUCAAGAAGAUUCCUCUCGUUACUGGUUUAGCCUCUGAGAUCUUGGCUGCUUAUCUCAUGCCUCCUGUUGAGUCUGGUUCUGUUGAUUUCGCUGAGUUUGAGCCUAAUCUUGUCUACUAG